AUGGCGGCGAGCGGGCAGCACUCGCGGUGGGCGGCGGUGGGCGCGUGGGCGGGCAAUGUGGGGAGCUCGGUGGCGCUGGUGAUGGUGAACAAGGUCAUCAUGUCCAGAUACGCCUUCCACUUCGCAACGACGCUGACGGCGCUGCACUUCGCCAUGACGGGCCUCGUGGGCUGGCUGGGAGGCAGCACUCGCAAGGGCGCGUCCAGUGUGCCGCUGGGGGAGCUGCUGGCGUUCAGCGUUGUAGCGAAUGCGUCCAUAGUGGGGAUGAACUUCAGCCUCAUGCUCAACACCGUUGGGUUCUACCAAAUCGCGAAGCUGAGUGUGCUGCCCACGGUGUGUGUGCUGGAGUGGGCGCUGCACGGGCGGCACUACUCGCGCUCGGUGCUGGGCGCCAUCAUGCUUGUGCUGGCGGGCGUGGCGGUCUGCACCGUCACUGACGUCUCCAUCCGCCCCACUGGCCUCGCUGUCGCCGCCCUCGCCGUAGCGGCAACAGCCCUCCAACAAGUGGGCAUCGCCAUGCUGCACUCACGGCAUGCCAUCAACUCCUUGAGCCUGCUCUCCCUCACCGCGCCCACCCAAGCGGCGUCACUACUACUACUAGGCCCCUCCACAGACUCGCUGCUGCUAGGAGGCCAGUCCCUGUGGCACUCUCACUUCGGCACAGCUGCCUGGGCGUUCGUGCUGCUGUCAUGUGUGCUCGCCAUCUUCUGCAACCUCACCCAGUACCUCUGCAUCAACAUACUCUCUCCCACCUCCUUCCAGGUGCUAGGCAACAUGAAGACGGUGCUGGUGCUGGUGCUGGGGUGGAUGCUCUUUGACUCCUCCCUCUCGCCCGCUAACAUCGUGGGCAUGGCCAUGGCUGUCUCAGGCAUGGCCCUCUACUCCUACGCUGCCCAUGGCGGGGGGAGUAAAGGUUCGACAAGAGUAGCCACUGCAGGUGCUGACUCAUCCACUAAGAAGCACGCAUGA